UAUAUUGUCUUUAUUUUUCUAGUACACUAUCUUCUUGUGUAUGCUGUAUCAUGGAUUUGGAUUUUUUUAGUACUCUACCAAAAAGCAUUUCCUUUUCUUUUUCAUCAUAGUAUGUUGUAAAUGAUUAGUUUAUUGUUAAUUUCCGUCGUUAGAUAAUUCUCAUAGGCAUGGAAAUAAUCAAACAGGAAUCUUUUAGCUCCUCUCCUCUCCCCCCCCCCAAACCUAGAGGACAGAUAUUUUGAGGGAAACGAGGCAAGAUAUUCCAAGGAAAUUGUGGCAUCAAAAAUUUCCCGCGGAGAAAUGAAAAUGAUAGAGUACUACUUUUCUUGUUUUUCGUCACAUGCGAUUCCUUGUAACGCUUUUCCACUCUUAUUGUUCUUUCUUUGUUGAUGGAAAGCUAUCAUCAGUGAAGAACCCAAAAGAGAAGGAAAAAAAAACCCCCCAUCAUUGCCCUCUGAUUUUUCUCUGAUUGAAUGGCAAAGUUUUCAGCUCAAUCCCGAUUGAAGUUACUCUUGAGUAACAACGAUGGAAUGAUAAUAAGGCUUGAUUCGAAUAAGAUACGCUUCUCGAUUAAUAAUGGCGGUGGUGGGCUACUCAGAUUUGGUGAUCCGCUUUCAUUCCCCUCAUCAUUUCAUCAUCUUCUUCUUCACAAGAGGAAACCCGUGAGCUCUUCUCCUGCUUGUAAUAGUAGUAGUAGCAAGAGGGCUAAUUCUGCUUCAUCAUUUUCUGGUCAUAAAUCGAAAAAAUUGAAUUCUGAUGAUGGUGUUGAUCCUGAGUCUGUUGUGAGUGAAAAAGAUGGAAUUUUUGAUGGGCUAAUUGAGGAAGAGUUGGAGGAGUUUGAGAAUGAUGAUCUGUCCUUCUAUAGAGGCUUGGUCUUGGACAUAUCUUACAGGCCGGUCAAUGUUGUCUGUUGGAAGCGUGCUAUCUGUCUAGAGUUUAUGGAGAAGGCAGACGUAUUAGAGUAUUAUGCUCAAACUGUGAACUCUCCCAGUGGAUCUUUCUAUAUACCCGCUGUUCUGAGGGUCCCUCACUUACUGCAGGUUGUCAAGAGAAGAAGAGUAAAGAGAAACCUUAGUCGGAAAAAUAUAUUUUGGCGUGACAAUUUCAUGUGCCAGUAUUGUUCUUCUGGUGAGUGUUUGACUAUCGACCAUGUUUUGCCAAUUACAAGAGGUGGAGAGUGGACAUGGGAAAAUCUGGUUACUGCCUGUGCGAAAUGUAAUUCCACAAAGGGUCACAAGACACCAGAAGAAGCAAAUAUGAAGCUAUUGAAAGUCCCUAAGGUAUGUCUCAUCUUUGUUCAUAUUUGGCAAGCCAGUUUGAGAAAUUGUAGAAACGAUAUUUUGGAAAUGUAUAUGGGCAGUUGAUGCCCAGAUAUUCGGCAUUUGGUGACAAUUUUUACACAAUUGGUAGGCCCCAAAGGAUUAUGACAUUGUUGCAAUACCCUUGUCAACUUCCGCUAUCAAGAUGCUUAGAUCAAGAAAGGGGACUCCGGAAGAAUGGCACCAAUACUUGUCAAAGCCAUUUCCUUGACCUUGUGUAUGAUUCAAUCUAGUACUUCAGAUUGUACAUUCUCUACCGUUGUGUCAACCUGUGCCUUCCGUUACAAACUCUUGUGAUAGUGUCUUAAUAUGUAGUUCAUGUAUAGCAAUCCAAGUUUAAUGCUAAUUUCUCAGGAACUUGUAAUGACAAUUACUAUUAUGAUUAGUUACUAUUAUGAUUAGAAGCAACAUGACUCAAAUCGAGUUGUGACCUGAUCGCCAUCUCGAUGAAAUCAGAAUGAACUGUGUGUUCCUCAGUCUACUCAUGUUACUAUUUAGUGUUGUCACUUUCUUUUCUCUAUUGUGUUGGAAAUAAGUUGGUUUUGUAGUAUGGAGUGAUAUAAAUCAUUCGCAUGAGAUGUCUAAUGCAUAGAGUUUAAG